AUGACCUCUCCAGCCCUUCCGUCGAACUGCGAUCUCGUCAAUAUCGGCACUCACUCUCUAGCCCUCUACACUCACGGUCCAGAAACGGGCAGUACCAAAGAUCCCGUCGUAAUCUUUGUCUCGGGCGUAGCAAGCGAUGCCCUUAAUUGGCAAGCUGUGGUGAGGCUGCUUCCGCCCUCGCUGCGAAUUUAUACCUACGACCGAUCAGGCUAUCGCAACUCGCAGUCGUCACCGCUCGAACCCUCAGCCGAAAACGUUGCUCUAGAGCUAUCUCUUCUGAUUGAAAAGGCUCCCAUUACGAAGCCACUGAUUAUUGUGGGCCACUCUUGGGCAGGCGUUCUUAUUCACGAGUUCAUCGCCCUGAAAGGAACUAGCCAAAUCGCUGGUCUAGUGCUUGUUGACGCCAAUCACGAAACUGCGCCUCUCGUUAUCAAUGUAGAUGAUCCAAUUCUAUGGAACGCUAUAGCUGCAGAUGUUGAGGUUUAUUCUGCUUGGGGGGUCGAGGCGAAACAUAAGUUGACACAAGAAGAGUGGGAUGCAUUUAGAGCUGCAGAAUCUACUGUAAAGUACAAAUUGAUUGCACAGAAGGAGGAUGUGGAACAAUAUCUGCCAAGUUUUGAGACACUUCGAAAGAAGAAACUGGGUGAAAGACAGCCACUACUUAAGGAUAAACCAGUUUUUGUGAUUGGGGGCACACGAAGCAGAGACUGGAACGGAUUAUACAAGGCGGGCGUUGCGAAAGGGAAUGGAACCGAGGAAGAGAGGAGCUACGUUAGAGAGAUGAUUAGGACAGUCGAUGAGAAAAGCAAGGGUCUCAUGGAAAAGUUUCUAGAACUCUCUACCAGGAGCGAGCUUGUCUUUGCUACUGAGAGUGGUCACUUUGUCCAGAUGACGCAGCCGGAUAUUGUUGUAGAUGGAGUGAAAUGGGUCCUAGAUAACUUGUCAGCGUCUUCUUAG